AUGCUCGCAAACCGCCUCUUCCAAAUUGCAGCCGUUGUUGCCCCUGUUUCUGCCGAGGUCAUGUCUGCGACCUUCGAUCCUCUCUACGAUGACCCUUCUCGAUCUUUGAACACAGUCGCCUGCUGGAGAAAGAAUAUCGGAUUCAUGCCCAACUUGGACUGGCAGCUUCAACAAGAUGCCGUUGGCUUCAUUGGUUUGGACAGCAUCAAUCGGUUGAAUUCUGGCAAGUGUCUCUCUUGCUGGACGCUCGAAUACAACGACAAAACUAUAUCUCUCCUUGCUAUCGAUAGUGCCGAGUCUGGAAUUGUAAUGUCUCUCGACGCUUUACAAUUUCUCACCGAUGGGCGAGCCCGCGAGCUGGGCCGAGUCGAUGUACAUGCCAAAGAAGUAGACACGGCAGAGUGUGGACUACCGGCAUACAUACUGCAUGCAUAUGAUUUCUAA